AUGGAAUUCUUGGACCUUUCGAAACGAAGAACGCGAAACUCCUCCAUUCCUUUGGCCCAAUAUCCCGAGAACACGGAAAGCGAGUCGUCGAGAGAAGUGGACGCUUUCUUAGGACAGCGAGUCGCACAGAUAGCUUCAGAUGCGAGAGAGACAAAGCCAGGCCGCGGUGACAAAGUGCUUGACGAACAUGGCCAACCAGCAGCCCCAUUAUUCCGGUCUUGGUUUGUGUUGAUUUUGGUUCUUUCCUAUGCGAUCCCGGCGGUUCUGGCAUGGGUGAUCACCUGCAUUCUCUCUUUUCGGCCUAUCUCGGGACCUAAGCAAUACGGAGUAAUAUACGACCCGGAUUCUAGUUAUUAUGGAGGCUACGCCGAGGUGGGGAACUCAUAUGUCCGAAGCGAGGAGUGGUUUCGAGCAGCCCGAGUCAUCCAGUCCAUCGUCAGUGUCUUGACGAUUCCACUCACUUCGGCGGUCUGCUCUAGCGCCGCUGUCAUCUUUGUACAGCAUCAUCGAAGCACACCUCGACUUACUAUUCGACAACUGAUCACCUUAGCGGAUCGUGGUUGGGUUGGUCCUGGUACAUUUGGAAGACUGGCAAUAAGCUGGAGACGUUAUGGAAGUUCAUUCCUGCUUCUGGCUAUCUUUCUCACCAUCCUGGGUGGAAUACUUUCGCCACUGCAACAAUUGUUUCUCUCGUCCAAGACUAUCAAGACCCCAACGUUUUUUCAAUCUGUCAACAGUCUUUUCGACAUCGCGGACCCAUUCCUCAGUUACUAUCAAGAUCGCGAAGACCUUGUGACAACAGUCACCCGCAAUGCCCUCAUGUCCGCAACCAAUGGUGAGCCCCAGUCACAACUGUGGCAAGGAAGUGGGACAUCCUGCAAUAUGACUGAGAUUGCAGCCUUGGUCAGAGCCGAUUCCUUCACCUUACCUGCUAACUGUGGGAAUGGAAAUACUCUGGGAAACAUAUCGUCUCUGGCUGAUCCUUUCCUGGCCCAGCUGCCGAAUGGAUACAGUACGGGACUCAUUCGUCAAUACAUUCCGCGGUUCAAUUCGACUGCUAGAUACGAAAACAUAUCCGCUACAGAGUAUCCGUCUGGGUGCAGUCAAAUUCCAGGAGCGUUUUAUGUGCAAUAUACCUAUGUAACUCAACCAAACACUACCGACGUUGCAGGUUGGAACGUUGAGGCUUGCAUGCCUACAGAUAUGAGCAAGUCGCCAUGGAUGGAGACCAGGGAUAGACAAGACUUUACCGAGACCCUCUACUUGAAUAUAAGUAUCUACGGUGGACUUACCCAAUCAGGAACUCCGGUUGGUGGUUCAAUGUUCCGGAUCACUCUCGAUACAACCGGAGGAUACUUUGAGCUUCCGAAUUAUAUGAACGGCCAAGUACCAGGAUCACUAUUGACGACUAUCCCAAACAACAUGUGCGGAGCAGGGACUGAUUGUCUGACCGAAGGCUCUACCACGGCGCCUAAUGGUACGAUCUAUGAAAUCUUUGGCCCUUAUGAUCCCAAUGAUCCAACAACCGGGAAUACGAAACGAGACUCGUCAACCAUAUACAAUACCAAGGAGUCCAAUAGCUCAGCUUCGGCAGAAAUGGUGGUCAACAAAGGCCCGCUCCUGACGACAGCGUUGGCCCUGUUUGGCUCAGGAUCUUUUCUCGCUGAUCGAAUUGCUCACCCCGAAGCGUACAUAGGGAUCAAUUAUACCCGUGCUUCAGACACAGGAAUCUAUGACCCUGCGAAUGUCGGAGCUUGCAUUGACCUGUUUCCCAUGGGUUUACUAUUCGCAGAACUGGACACCAGCAAUGGAGGGGCUUCAAGCUGCAUUUCCAAUACCGACUAUGGAUCGAAUGGGGACGACAGACUCGGCACUGUCAUGGCCAGCUGGAUUAACAACUUUCUAGGGGAUACUGGACGAUUGAGUAGCAUUUUUACUGCUGCGGGAUUUCUAGCAAACCAGGCCUGGAUGAGUAGCAACGGAAUAUCGUCGGGUUCUUUGAUAAUCCACUUUGAUUUCGGCGCUGAUACCCAAGUGCCAACGAUAUCCCACGCUGGGAUCAUCAUCAUCUCAACUUUACUAGCCUUGUAUCUUGUAUCCCUAUUCAUCAUAGCACUUUACACUUCACUGUCGCCCAGGUGGACAAAUCAGCUGGACGCUUUCGCAAUGAUGCAGAUCGGAGCUGCAAUGUCAGAUAAAAUCUCGUUGAUGGUUAUGACAAGGCAGAGUCACACAAAUAUAUUAGAUGAGGCGCCUGGUUGGAUCGGCGAUGUGGCAGAUGAGCAUGAAAAAGUUGGACGGCUUGGGCUGGGAGCUCGAAGAAGAUUGGACCCUAAAAGACUAUAUGGAUGUGAUACGUGGGUGGAUUGAAG